AUGUCGUUUAUGCUGAUGCAGACGCCGGAUCCUCACACCAUAAAGGACGCUCUCCCCGACUUCACCAACGUCACACACAUCUUCCUCCCGAUCAACGACAACCACUCAGUCACGGUGGCCGAAGGCGGCACCCACUGGUCCUUGCUGCUUGUAUCAAUUGUCGACGGCUUCGCAUUCCACUAUGACUCGAUGCCACCGGGCAACCAACAGGAGGCGCACUACGUCACUCAAAAACUGUCCAAGUUGAUCAACAAACCGCUUCGCUUCAUCCAAUUGGCCGAUAGUCCGCAGCAGGAUAAUUCGUCCGAUUGUGGCGUCUUUGUUUGUCUCAACAUGAGACAUCUGCUGCUCAAGAGACUGUUGAUGGUCCGCACGCACGAAAAAGUCAGCAUGAGUUUGGGCGGCCGUACUGUUGAUGCUAGUGCCGGCAGGAAGGAAAUGUUGCGCAUUAUUGAUGAUUUUAGAAGAGAAGGCGAGAGAAGAAGAUCGUAA